AUGACGAAGACGCAGAACCCAGAUUCGGAUCGCCUGCGAACGCAAAUUCUCUAUCCUAGCGAGCGGUACGCGUCGUUUGCAUCCGAAGUGCUGGCAACUUGUAUUCUGCAAUCGCCAGACGUCAAGGUCAUCCAGGCAUUGCUCAUCUUGACCCUCUUCGAAUGGGGCACUAGAGAGUUCCACAAAGCUUGGAUGCACUGUGGAAUUGCAAUUCGCAUGAUGCAGCUUCUACAUAGCUCUCGGGUCGCUCCCUUUCCCCUGGAGAUCCCUCAUCGGACUGAGCUCAACGACUUGACAACCGCCAUUGAGACCAGGACUUUCUGGGCUUGCUUUGUGAUGGAUUGCAUGGUCAGCUCUGGCACGUACAACCCGCGAGUGCUCCCAAAACCGGAAAUGAUCAAACUGAACGUCCCCCGCCCUCCAACGUCCACCGAGUUCGCUCUUGGGUCUGGAUCAGUGGUCCAGACGGAGGAAGCGGAAACCACUCUCACACCGGGGGGAAAGAACAGCGUAGCUGCUCAUGCAACCUUGGGCUAUGGAGAAUCAUUUGUUUAUCUCAAUUUGCUUUACUAUCAAAGUAUCAUGAUGCUGCACCGAGAAUACUUCCCAUUCUUACCUGGUCUGGAAGAUCCGCCAAAGGGCCCUAUUGAUCCGCCGCUCCUUGAAGAUGAAGCACCCCCCGGGUGGUGGGAUGACAGUGCCCGUGAGUUCUUCGGAGCCGCAGAACAUCUGGGAAGUAUCCUCAAAGAGGCCUCGGAAUGCGGAGUAGCUGUGAUGACCCCUUUCGCGGGCUUCUGCGCCUUCUCCUCCUGCUACAUCAAUCUCUACGGCUUUCGCUUCCCUCGGAUCACGUGCGGAUAUGCUCCGAGAGCCGAAGAGCUGAUGAACACGAGCAUUGAAUAUCUCAAACGUUUCCGGGAAGUUUGGGAUCUAGGCGACGGAUGGCUCAAAACGAUUCAAAGCGGAUCAUUGAUGUACCAGCGGGUCAUCUCAAAUAAUCACAGAUACCGUGGCCUAUCACGGUUCAACUUCAAUGUGCUUCAUCAGUCCGUCCACGAGUUCCGUGUCGUCGAUAGAUCCGCGCAGCAUCUCGAAGAAAUCAACAAUGCCGAGCGAAGUUCGAUCAGCACCGCCGAGGCAGACAGCUUGGUUGAAAAGGAACAGCAAAACACCGUUGGAUUUAGCGCUCAGGCUUUGAUAGACCCUAGCGGCAACAUGGACGACCAGGGUCUAUGGCCGAACUGGUGGUCGAUGUUGGAAGAGGUGAAUACUUCAGAGAUCUUCACCUUGACCUGA